GAACAACAGCCACCACUGCUCACUACUGACGACACCAGAACUACAAGUGAACAUAACCACAUUUUCGUAUGCUGAAUUUAGGUUGAAAUGCACAAAAUACUAUUUUGAAAUGAUAUCCGUGAGAUUAAAUAAUUUACGUAAUGUCUGCGGACUACAUAAUAAUUUUUUAAACACCCUUUGUAAGCACUUUUCUGCAAAACCUCCCACAACACCUAUACAAAAAAAUGCAGAAGGCGAAACACAAAAGCGACCAAAAUCACAACCGGUUCCCAAGAUAACUUUAAUUGUGAACGAUGAUAAUAUGAGUAUCACUACACUCGAGGAAGCCCAACACAUGUCGAAAAGACGAGCCCUAAAGCUUGUUAAAUUGGUGGACAUGGAUAAUAAAACGCAAAGACCUGUCUACAAACUUAUGACGGGCGCGGAAUAUAACACGGAGGAUUUAAAAUCAAGACAAACUAAAAAACAGGAUAAGCUCAGUAACGCACUAAAAGGUGAAAAAUUACUAAUGCUGAAUGUGCAAAUAAGCAAACAUGACCUAGAGGUACAUGUAAAAAAGAUAAUAAAAUGGAUAGCGAAAAGAUUCGAAGUUCGUGUCACUAUCAAUGGUGAUGCGAACAAUGCCGAAAAAAGUGAGGCUAUAUAUAAAUUUCUAGAAGAUAACUUGAAGACCGAAACACGCUUUUUACAGAAGAGAAUGAAAGGUGGUGACCUUAAAUUUCAAAUUAUACCUCCAAAAGCAGAUGAUGCAGGUUCUAAUAAGACAUUAUGACUAGUUAUUAAGAUUGUUGUUUGUGUUGUUAUUAUUCUGUUAGUUAAGUACUUUUUGUUAUUGAAGUUAUACAAUGCCUAUAUCAAAAGAGAAAAUUAAUAUUAAAUCAAACAUUACAAAGUAAA